UGGUGGGUUCUUUUUAGCGUGUGUGUGUGUUCUCGUUCCUAGAGGAGUACAAAGUGGCUUCACUGACUCUGUUGCUCACUCUCCGCCUGAUUCCGGAGCAUGGAAGAGCUGGCCAUGCUUAGGCAGCUUAUCGGUCAGCUUCAACACCUCUUGAAUCUCCACGGCUCUCCUCCUCCUCCUCUCCACCUCCAUCACCAGCCGUUUUUCGAACUCCACCACCACGACAACCACCACAGAUGGUGCGUCCUUGAUAUGAAUGAUGGUUCUGCAGAUGAUUACUGUGAUCUUGUGAUGGCUGCUGGAAAAUCUGGAAGCUUCAAGCUGUUGGAGCCUUCCAUCCCUCCACCUUCCAAGAAAUCUAGAAAGGAGCAGAACCGAGGAAAGUUACUUGGAAAUACUGGUACAACUGAGAUUAUGGAACAAGGAAUUUGGAAAGAAUUUCCGGAAGACCUUAUUGAAGCUGUCAUUGCUAGACUUCCCAUUGAUACAUUUUUUCGUUUCCGCACAGUUUGUCGAAAAUGGAAUUCUUUGCUGGACUCUCAGAGCUUUUCUCAGCAUUGUAACCAAGUUCCACAAGCUAAUCCCUGGUUUUACACUAUAACUCAUGAAAAUGUUAAUUCUGGAGCCAUGUAUGAUCCUUCCUUGAAGAAAUGGCAUCACCCCUCAAUUUCUUCUCUACCCACUAAAAUGAUUGUCUUGCCUGUUGCUUCAGCAGGGGGUCUGGUGUGCUUUAUUGAUAUUGGUCACAGAAACUUCUACGUUUGCAACCCUCUGACUCGAUCUUUCAAAGAGUUGCCAGCCAGGUCAGUUAAGGUCUGGUCUCGUAUUGCUGUGGGGAUGACUUUAAAUGGAAAUGCAACAAGUGAGGGCUACAGGAUUCUAUGGGUUUGCUGUGAUGGGGAAUAUGAGGUUUAUGACUCAGUGAAGAACUCUUGGACUCGACCGGGAAGCAUGCCUUCUAAUAUUAAGUUACCACUAUCACUGAACUUCCGGUCACAAGCAGUUUCCAUUGAUGGCACUGUCUAUUUCAUGCGUUCAGACCCUGAAGGUAUAGUGUCCUACGAUAUGAUUUCUGGGGUGUGGAAGCAAUUUAUUAUACCAGCCCCAUUUCAUCUGAGUGACCACACACUGGCAGAGUGUGAUGGCCAAAUCAUGCUCGUGGGAUUGUUGACAAAGAACGCAGCUACAUGUGUGUGCAUAUGGGAGCUGCAAAAGAUGACUCUCUUGUGGAAGGAGGUUGACAGAAUGCCAAACAUAUGGUGCUUGGAAUUUUAUGGGAAGCACGUUAGAAUGACUUGCUUGGGCAACAAAGGUCUGCUCAUGUUGUCAUUGAGAUCAAGACAAAUGAAUCGUCUAGUUACAUAUAAUGUGAAGAGCAGGGAAUGGCUUAAGGUUCCUGGUUGUCUGGUGCCACGUGGGAAAAAGCGGCAGUGGAUCGCCUGUGGCACUGCCUUCCACCCAUGCCUAACUGCUACAGCUUGAUAUGUUUGUCUUUGUGCAUUUUAGAAGCAUCUGCAUAUCAGGGCAGGAUACUCGCAGUACUGGUCUUAUGGCCAGUCACCUGGCUGCAAACUAUUGCUACCUUUUUUCUCCAGCCCAAUUUUCUUUGUUAUUUUAAUGAAGCAGAUAAUCAGUGGGAUGAUUGUACAAACAUGUUGAAAAAUAACUUUGAAUGGGAAAAGACUACGUUUUAAA